UAAUGAAUCAUCAUCAUCAUCAUCGUUUGAUGAAUUAACAUCAAAUAUGAUGUUGAAUAAUCAUUCAUUGUUAUUAGAUACAACAACAACAACAAAUACAACAAAUAAUUCUAGACAUAAUUCAGAAUUGCUUACGUCCACCAUUAAUAAUAAUAAUAAUGGUGAUGAUGAUAAAGAUGAUAUUUCUGCAACAUUUUCCAAUCUAAACAUUGGUAACAAUGAAUCGAAUAAUGAUAAUGAUAAAUUUUGUUGGUCUGGAAUGGAUGUAGCAGCCAACGCAGCAACGAACAUCACCAAUAAUAAUUUGAAUGAAAAUUUUACAAAUCAUCAACAUUAUGUUGCUGCGGCUACAGAUAAUGGUUUACAAUUUUCGGAUCAAUCUUUAGUUCAAAAAUUACAAGUACAAAAUCAAUCUGGUCAACAACAACAAAUAAAUUUGUCAAAAAUUUCAAUGAAUUAUGGUUCAUCAUUGAAUCGAUCUCUUUUGCUUGCAUCACCGAAUUCUAGUCUUUACAAUAAUAAUAACAACAACAAUACUAGUAAUAAUAAUGCAGUUAUUCAACAAAAUAAUAACAACAAAUCAUCCAAUCCAAUAAAUUGGCCACGAUCAUCAUCACAAAUAAAUUCAUCAUCAACAAACGGUAUGAAUUGUUGGUCAAAUGCUGCAUUCACAACGAAUUAUCCGGUUUCAUCGGUAUAUCCAUCGAAUUCUUCGAACAUUGUUUCAUCAUCGUCAUCACCAUCUGCAUCAUCAUCAUCACCGAAUGCAUGGUCGAAUGUUUUAUAUAAUCCACAACAACAAAAACGUAAUCCACAUCAAUUUUCGAUCAAUAAUCAAAAUCUGAUGGCAAAUACAACGGUUGCUAAUAAUAAUAAUAAUAAUAAUACUGGUAAAAGAUCAUUUUUUCCAAAUGAUAAUCAAUUUUUUAUCAAUGAAGCGAAUCAAAAAUUACGUCGCCAAACAGCAAUGAUGAUGCCGGCAAAAAAUUAUCCAACUUCGUGUUUACCCGGUGGUCAAACAACCAAUACAUAUGAAUUAAAUUCAGCCGGAAGUGAUAAUACUUCAUCAUCAAGUGAUUCGGCUAAUCUUCGCGAAAAUGGAUUAUUUUUUCAUGAUAAAAAUUUUGAACAAACACCGAUACUUGAUUCAUUUACACGAACCGCAUUAGUAGAUCCACAUCCGCUAUGUGAUGCAUUGAAAUCAAGCCAAGAAGCGAAUAAAAAUAUAUUCAAUAAUUAUGCUUGCCAACCGAAUUUACAAGAUGAUAAAAAACAUCUCGCAAAAGGUCGCUUCAAUCGAAAAAGAGGAAAAUCGCCAUUUUUUACAGGAAAUGAUACCGAAUCAUUGUUUAGUGAAUUUCCCAUGUCAAGUACUGAUCCUAAUGAACGAUUUUCACGUAAAGUUUUUGUUGGUGGUCUACCACCUGAUAUUGAUGAAGAGGAAAUAACUGCCAGUUUUCGACGAUUCGGACAUUUAGUAGUGGAUUGGCCACAUAAAGCCGAAAGUAAAUCAUAUUUUCCACCGAAAGGUUAUGCAUUUUUAUUGUUUCAAGAUGAAUCUUCCGUACAAUCUUUGAUUGAUUGCUGUAUUGAAGAAGAAGAUAAACUUUAUCUUUGUGUUUCAAGUCCAACAAUGAAAGAUAAACCGGUACAAAUUCGUCCUUGGCGAUUAAGUGAUGCUGAUUAUGUUCUUGAUGCAUCGAUGCCUUUGGAUCCAAGAAAAACGGUGUUUGUUGGCGGUGUUCCUCGCCCACUUAAAGCUGUGGAACUUGCAAUGAUUAUGGAUCGUCUUUACGGUGGUGUUUGCUAUGCUGGAAUCGAUACUGAUCCGGAACUUAAAUAUCCAAAAGGAGCUGGUCGUGUAGCAUUUUCUAAUCAACAAAGUUAUAUUGCGGCAAUCAGUGCACGUUUUGUUCAAUUACAACAUGCUGAUAUCGAAAAAAGAGUCGAAGUGAAACCAUAUGUGUUGGAUGACCAAAUAUGCGAUGAAUGUCAAGGAGCUAGAUGUAAUGGAAAAUAUGCUCCAUAUUUUUGCGCCAAUAUAACUUGUCUUCAAUAUUAUUGUGAAAAUUGUUGGGCUACCAUUCAUUCACGACCGGGUCGUGAAUUUCAUAAACCAUUAGUAAAAGAAGGUGCCGAUCGACCUCGUGCUAUACCAUUUCGUUGGUGUUGAUUGAAAUGAAAUGAAGUUAAUUUUUUUUUUUGAUGUUUGAAUUUUUUUCGAUGACAUGUUUCUUCCCUGAUUCACAUACCCAAUACACACACACACACACACACAUACGAAGAUGAUACAUUUAUUAUUUAUUAUUUUGAUUGAUUUUUUUUCUGGCACUACGUGUUUGUUUUUUACACGUGC